AUGUCCAACUCGAUCCACUUCUUUGUGCUCGAGCAUAAGUUCCUGGGUGAGAAGAACGGUGCAAAUGUUGCCGAGAUUCGUAGGGUGAGGCUCCCCAGGAUCGUCAAGGGCGUAUCCUAUGAACAGCUGGGAGGCUUCCAGAAUCCGUCAUGUUUUUGUGAUUUUGAAUUCAAACUGGCCUAUCAAGAUGUCGAUGACGACGCUGUGGUGAUUGGCAGCUCGGAAGAGCUCCUGGACGUAAUUGAGCAGAUCUCGGAGCAACGAGUCCCCAAGAUGACUGCCCAAGUGACGCCGCAGUGCAGUCCAGACGGAAAUGAGGGAGCCCUCCGACGAUCGGCCACCACUCCAGCCAAAACAAUUCUUGAAAACGAAGCAAAUCUUGUGUUGCUGGGAAAUCUGGUGCAGCAGUCUUGGGGCAACAUUGGAUGA